AUGGAUCAGCUGGAAUCGUUCACAUUCUCCGGUGCUCGACCUUCUAAUUCAGAACCAAAAACUUCUGCACCGCUCGAUCGACCCUCAUUUACGUUUAUCGACCAUGACGAUGACUUGAUCUCCAAGAGAAUCAAAGAUGUCAAUGCUCGCAAAGCUAUUCGUUCACAUGUAAUGCGCGAUGUCCGCCGUCGGGAGAGGUUAGCUGGAACAAAACGGACAUCCAAGCGGGAGAAUCGUGAGACCCGUGUCACGGCCAGGACGGAGAAUGACGAGACUGGAGACCAGACGGAGCGCACAAUGGUAUUAAGAGCUCCAUCGCCAUCGCCUGGCUCAUCUGCCUCGAUUAAAGCUUCUGGGACCAGCUUGAUUACCCCAGAAAGUGAACGAGGGCGCCCACCAAGAUGGAUGGCCGGCUCUCCGCUGCCUUAUCAACCUUCACGGUCGUUGCCCAUGGCGUGGUUCUGUGAUCCGUUUUGUACAUUGCCAGGGUCAAAUGAGAUUCCUGCAAUAGUUGCGGGGAAGAUGGUAUUUGUCCCAAUAACGUUUCCAAGUGAUCUCAAAGAUUCAAAAAUCCCCGAAGUUGAGUUGAUGGUCCGAUCUUCUUUCUCUGACCCUGGGAGCUUUUUCGGUCUUAUGAGCAUGUGCGCUGCGCAUAGAGCUGUACUGGGUGUUCAGCGUCCUGGCGCAUCAACUACUCCAAAUGACCGCGACCGGGUCAUCAACGACAUAGAUUACUACGUCAUGAAAGAGAAAGCCAUACAUGAAAUGAAUAUCAAAGUUAGGGACCCUAGUCUAGCACUCAGGAACGAAGCCUUCGACACUAUUGUCAACCUCCUCACAGGCUCGUUAAUUGCGGGAUUAUUUGAUGAGGCUAGAGUCCACCUCACUGGGCUCAAACGUAUGGUGGAGCUUCGAGGUGGAAUUACGGAUAAGAGCAUCAGCUCGUCUUCAGUUUUAGUUGCGAUCGUUGCGAGUGAUGUGAAAGCCGGCUCGGGCCUGUUGGCCAAACCGGUAUUCCCGCUCACUUGGGAUGCACAACCUGUGCCUAUGGAGAUACAUCGGCGAAUCCGACCUCCUACCCAAUCGCCCGUCCGACGACUUGGCUCUGGAUUCUGGGCCAAUGCACUCCUCAGUCACCAGCUCCUAAUCAUUUUGAAUGUCGUACGGGAUAUAAUCUUCUACAGCAUUACUGUUCGAGUUACGCCAAUGCUGGUUCAUGAGAAUGACCAUGGUUUCUUUCGAGUACUCACUUGUGAGACUGAGCAUCAACUACUCAGUUAUAUUUACGACAAUUAUUCCGACUCUCAAGACCCCUCCAAGGCAGACCUCGAUAUCCAUCCGAUCGAGUCAGUCACCCGUGUGGCUUCAAUCUGCUUCCUGAAUCACUUUCUCAUAGUCUCCCCUCCUUCCUCCGGGCUCGGUCGAGCCCUAACCAAGCAUCUCAAGAAAGCAGUGGAUCGGUAUAGUCUUACAUCUCUUCUUGAGCUUCCCAAAGAAAAUGCUGGCUUGUUCGCAUGGUCUUUAUUUAUUGGAGCACAAGGCUCACUCGGUCACCCUGAACGAUCCUGGUUUGUAGAGCGGCUGGGCCGCGUCGCAAUGCUCUAUGAAUGGCAGUCAUGGGAACAGGUCUCUCGGAUUCUGACCGAUUAUUUCUUCGUCGCAGCUGUACAAGGGUCGAGCUGGCCAGCCAUUUGGGACGAAGCAGUGGCAGGGUUUGUGAUAUGCGCGGAAGAAGCAUAA